GUCAAGCCAGAUUCUAUGGGUUUUGUAUACAGGGCACUAUUGGAUACUCCGUUUGGCGAUACCCAGAUUGACAUCGACGAUCGGUUAGGGCUUCUCUGUGUGCGUGUGUCCACUGUCCGAGUUCACACAAUUCUUCGGGUAGUGUAGAGCAAUCAAGAGAUACCCUUUAACUGAUAUAUACAUAUGUGCAACUGAAUUAAGAGGCAGAAUGGCAUACUGGGGCCGAAUCAGGCAAGCGACGGUCACAUGCUUGUCAACCCAGUACAGAAGAUGCCAUCUUCUCAAUCAAACUACUGCGAACCCAAUAACUAGGGUUCUCAAGAGCCCCACCGCGUUCGUCAUUCGCGAGACCCAGAUCGAGUUUGGCAACGGCGUCAGGUUCUUCGCCGCCCCAGUUCAGGCCAAGUCGAAGCAGGAAGAGAAAGACACGAGUCGCCAACGGUUGAACGAGAAAAUUACGGCGGAAUUUGUUAGGCUUGUAACAGAGGAAGGGCAUUGUGUUGUGUCAAGGAGGGAAGCUUUAGAACGUGCGAGACGUCUCAAUCUUGAUUUAGUUGAGGUUCAACGAAAUGCUAAACCACCUGUUUGUAAGCUCGCGGACUACCACAAGGAGAAGUACAAACAACAAAUAAAGGAAAAAGACCGUGCUAAAAGCAAGUCUGAAGUGACUUUACGGAAAGGAGAUUGCAAAGAAGUUCGGUUUUCUGUUAAAACUGAACAAAAAGAUCUCCAAAUGAAAGCAGAUACGGUGAAGAGGUUGAUGGACCGUGGUUAUCGAGUCAAGUGUAUGGCCUUGGGUAAGGAAGAUGACUUGGGGGGAAUCUUAUCUCGUCUCAGCGCUCUGAUUGAAGAUGUUUCUGUCGUGGAAAGUGGACCCAGGGUGGAAAAAAAACACGCUUAUGUUAUUGUCAGGCAUGUGAAGUUUGGCCCAUCAAAGAAAGGCUCAGGAAAGAAAGUUUCCAACGUUGUUGCCGAUAGUACUGUGGUCCAAAGCCCUGUCCAGUCUGAAGACAUUUUGGGUCAUGACUCAGAAUUUGAAACGGAUGGUGAAAACCUUUCGGAAGAGGCAGAAACGCAUAUUCCAGACAAGAAAAAUGAUACUUGGUCAGCCCUUGAGGCAGACGAUGAUUAUGACAGUGUGUUUGAUUUGGGGGUUGAGGCAAAGACUGGAAAGAAUUCUGGAGAUGCACCAACGAAUCCUGCACCAAAUAGGUUUUCAGACAUCAGCCCCAGACCUGUUGAUCCUGUAAGAAAAGAAACGGUUUUACCUUCCCCAGUAGAGCCGAGGAAUAAUAACCCACCUCCAAAAUCAGUGGACGGCAAGGGCACCAGUUUUGGUAUUUUUAGUGCUUCAAAAGGUAACGAUUCUCCUGAUAGACAUGGUCUACCAGCAGAAGUUAGUAAUAGGUACAAGAAAGGAAAUUCUUCUGAUUCAAGAAGACACCCUAUGCCUCGAGGGGUUUCAGAAAACGCAUGCACACCCUUGUCAGACACCAAUAGAGGUGGAAGGCCAGGAGUUGAUAGUGGCGAACAAGGGAAAUGGGGGAUAUUCAGCACAGAGAGCUCGAAUGGGGUACCGAGCAGGAAUUCUGAAAGCUAUUCGAAAUUUCGACGAUAGUACCCAUACAGUGAGUUUCGCAAGCCAUGCUUCUCGACUUGUGGUACCAAUAAUGCGGCGGUGACAGUUCCUUAGUUUAGGCUACCCUGGUUUAUUUGUCAGCAUUGGGAUUGUAAUGUUACUGCUCCUACAUGAUGUUGAUGCAUGCCCUGGUUCGUAAGGGAUGAAAGUUUUGUAACAGAACUAAUUUAAUAGUCUUUGUAGACGUAUUAUUCUUGAUAUGCAGGAUAAUCCCUGAUAUUUAUACUUUUA